AUGAAAGAGAGAUGGAUUUUAGGUUUCUGGAUUGUGCAGCAACCACCGAUAGAAGCUCACCUGAAUCAAUUGCGAACUUCAGAUCAUUGGCUCAUCGCCAUUGAGGACCUCGAAGACUGUGUAUUUGAUGGGGUUCUCGAGGUCGAUGAGCAGGUCGAGGUUGCGGAGGUCGACGUUUGCGACUUUGCAUCAAUGGCGACGACAAAGAAGCUGAGGCACGCGAGGGAGAGGCCGAUUGGUAGUGGUCUUUCCGCUUUGCCUGAGGUGAUGACCACGGCGCAGGGAGUCUCGCCGGAGAGCUGCGGCUUGCGAUUGGGCUGGAGGAGGGCUCAGAUACUAGGGUUUAAGGUUGUGCUAGAGGAAGACUUGAAUUGGGGCAGCGAGUGGGAUUGUGGUCGACCUUCUGAGGAGUUUUGUACGGUUGAGGUUCAGCAGCAAGGGUUUGUCAAUGGUAUUGAGGGUUAG